CUUCUAGGUUGGAGAUGUUCUCUACUGUGCUGGACAGAUUGCUCUAGUACCUUGUACGAUGCAGCUUGUUAGUGGUGGCAUAUGGACUGAGGCCAUAGUUUCCCUCCGUCAUGUUGAGCGAGUUCUUCAAGCUAUGAGCCAGAAGACUGCACUCCACCACGUCAUCACAGCCAGCUGCUAUGUAACUGACAGCAAGCACAUUCCUAUUGCUCGCUCUAUAUGGCAGAAGAAAUUAAGAGAAUGUAAAAAGGUUGAAGAUUCAGAGAUGUAUCAUGAUGUAACUGCAGUGUGUGGGUUGCUUGCUGUGGUUGUAAUAUCUCACCUACCCAGAGAUGCUGCCAUUGAAUGGCAUGUUAUUGCAGUAGUUGAUGAUCCACUCCAAAGAAAACAUUUUGCAACGAAGAUGUUGUCAAAGGACUUCCAAAUUGAGUGUGAAUCUGUGGAGUCUAGUUCUGCACCUUGCGCAUCAAUCUCUGUACGUCUGAGCUUGAUUUCACCAUCCGCUUCUCAGCUUGAUUUAGAUGGACCUCUUCAUGACUUAGUUUCUAUGUUUAGACAAGCUGUUGAGAAACUUUCAGAAGACCACAGUGCAAGUCCUUUGUCUUUUAGAGCUUUCUUCAAGGCAGAUAUCUUUGAUGCUGAAACACUACAAACAGGACUGCAAGAAUACCUGGAAAAAUAUUUGGGCAAGAAGACCCCAGCUCUGAUCUUAGUCCCUGUGGUGGAUUUACCUGGCAAGGAAGUUAUUCAUGUAACAUGCUGGCUAAGCUAGCAGUUUAGAAGAGAUGAGUUGAUAUCAAAACACACAUUCCAUCCAGGAAAGAACAAAGAAAGGAACUGAUCAUAACCGUGUUGGAUACUUUCAUUAAGCAAUAUUGUCUGAUUUAAGCAAAGUCAUAUUUAGCUUGUUAAUGAUGCCUCAUGAUAUGUGACAGAGUCGGCUUUGUGUGAACAAUAAAGGUUUCUUUUC